AUGCGCGACGACGCAGGACCCAUAACCGACAUAUCCAAGCCCGGGGUGAAGCUCGACCACGAGUUUGUCCGGGGGCUGAGGCAGGAUGUAGCACGGUUGCUGGGGAGGACGAACGACAAGUUCCCGGGAGCGCAGCCAGUUAGUUUUGCGAGGAGGCAUAUGGAGGAGUUGAGGAAGGAGGAUUAUUACGUCUGCGAAAAGUCUGACGGGAUCCGGUAUCUGCUAUAUCUCACCCAGGACGACCACGGACACGCAUGCCACUACUUGAUCGACCGAAAGAAUGAUUACUGGUACAUGGAGAAGAGAAACUUGCAUUUCCCUCUCCCGAACGCGAGUCCGGCAGAGUUUCACGUCGACACGUUGAUUGAUGGGGAGUUGGUCUUUGACAAGGUCCCCGGGGGAGGGAAGGAGCCGAAAUUCUUGGUGUUUGACCUUUUGUGUCUGGACGGCAAGGCAGAUUUGCUUAGUAAAUCGCUUGACAAGCGGCUGGGGUACUUUAAGGAGCAUGUGAUGAAGCCGUACAAGAAAUUGUUUACGGAGUUCCCGCAGGAGCUCCCGUUUCAGGCGUUCAAGGUGGAGAUGAAGGACAUGCAGUUUAGCUAUGGGAUCGAGAUGAUGUUUCGGGAGGUGCUGCCGAAGCUGAAGCAUGAGAAUGACGGGUUGAUUUUUACGUGCCGGACGACGCCGUAUCAGUUUGGGACUGAUCCGCACAUUUUGAAGUGGAAGGCGCCGCAUGACAACACGGUGGAUUUUAGGUUGCGGUUGGUUUUUCCUACUGUUGAGCCGGAUGAGGAGGAGCGGGCGGAGGGGAUCACGAAACCGUUUGUGGAUUAUGAUAGUCUGCCGGAGGCGAGGUUGUUGGUUUUUAAGGGGAGUGAGAGGGGGCAGCCGCAGUAUGAGGAGUUUGGGGAGGGGCUGCAUUUGAGUGAGGACGAGUGGGAGGAGCUGAAGAGCUGGGGAGAUCCGUUGCAGAAUAGGGUGGUGGAGUGCUGCUUGGAUGAGGAGAGGAGGUGGAGGUUGUAUAGGUUUCGGGAUGACAAGGCGGAGGCGAACCAUGUUAGCACUGUUAGGAGUGUGUUGGAUAGUAUCAAGGAUGGGGUGGGGGAGCAGGAGUUGAUUGGGGCUGCGAAGGGGAUCAAGGAUGGGUGGAAGGCGAGGCAGCAAGGAGGUGGGGGUUAUGGGCAUUGA